AUGUUAAAGCUAAAGUCUCCUUCCAAACUAGUCAUUUCUUGGUUCUUGUUCUUCUUCUUGACAUUGAUCAAUCAAUCAUUUUCAGCUAGAACUCUGAACAACAACCCGUCCUCGACGAACCGUCAUCAUAAUCAUGCGCGUCAUGAGAUGUCGUUUUACAUGUUCGAUGUUCUUAGCCAUAAAAAUCCUUCAUCAAGACCUGCAUCGACGAGAGUAAACAGUCAUCAUCAAGGGUAUUUCCCUCCGGUAGGAGGCAUUCCGUUGACUAACACAAAUCCAAGUGUCGGAAUGAGCGGAAUGAUCAGCAUGACAUUCCCGGCUAUAACCACACUUGAAGAACUACAGCUAACGACAGUGACAGCAAUCGAUGAGGACAUAUAUGAAGGUUCCAUUUACGGUUCAUCUUUGAUGGGAAAAGCAAAAGGAGUAUAUGUAGACAGUUCAGAAGACGGUAGCAGUCACAUGAUGGCGAUGACUGCUAGUUUUCUUGGUAACGAGUACGAGGAUAGUCUAAGGCUUUUCGGAGUACAUAGGGGCGAUGUUUUUGAAUCACAUAUAGCAGUUAUUGGUGGUACCGGAAAGUAUCACGAUGCAAACGGCUACGCUACUGUCAAGAUUAUCAAUGUAAUAUCUAAUAAAAGUGAAGGACCAUACAAGAUUCUUUCAUUCAAUGUUUAUCUUGGUUAA